CAGAGUUGGAGGAUCCCUCUGCAACAGCACCAUGUUGGACUAGGAUGCAGCUAAGGAAAAGAUAACAGAGAGACUAUGUGAGGUGUGAUUCUUUGAACAUGGACUAGAAGAGGAAUACUGUUACUGGACAGAACCUCUACCGUCCUGCUAUGGAGGGGUCAGCUGCAAGAAAAAAAUCAGGAUUUGGACAUCUCAGAAAAGAGGCCACUGUAGGACAUGGGCUGCUGUACCGUCAGUCCACAGCAGAUUGCAGUGGUGAUGAGAUCACUCACCCCAGGAAACUCAACGGUUCCUCUGUUGAGACACCAAGCUACCAUCACCUGCACCGGGAACUGAUGCUUAGCCAUAAACGGGGCCUACUGCCGGAGAAGAAACCGGAGCUAAAGCGAGUGUUGGAGCAGCGCAGACUGGACCUGCACAAGGAGGAAGAGAUGGCCCCCUCUGAUCUGCAGACAGAGCUCCGCAAGAGGCAACAGAAACUGAAGGAGUAUGAGCAGGAGGAAAUCAGGCGGCGGGAGAACCAGCAGAAGAUCCCAGAAUUUGUCCGUGUCAAGGACAACCUGAGGCGAACACAGACGUCCGAGCAGUGAGGCCCACAGGCUCCCAUCAGCCCCUGCAGUAUCUCACCAUAGUGGCCCUAUCUUCAUGUUCACUGUCUGCUGUGUUACACAUAAAACAGACCACAGAGGCACAAGCUGGGGACACUUCUCUUAGUGUAAAAUAAACUGCAGAAAAGGAAUCUUGCAAACCAGGGACCACCAAAAAAAAACAGCAUUUAGAAAAGUAAUUUGAAAGCUCUGUCACAGUUUUGUCUCUGAUGAGGUAUUGGCCAUACAUUUGUAUUCAAAAUUGUGUUGAUCAUUAUUGUAAAGGGAAAACUACUACUGUUCAGGGGCUGAAUGUUUUUUAUGUUUUGUAUUUAUACAUUUUUUCCAAAUCAACGUCUCAUUCUUCCUCCUGAAUGAAAGGAGUAUAGAAUAAUUCUCUUGUUUAUUUAGGUCACAUCAUUCCAAGUCUUUACUCUCUACAAGAUCAAAAUAUGGUUGCUAAUAAAGACAUUUCCAAACAGAACUGUUUUGUAUCAACAGAGAUGCCCCCAUUGUUAUAAAUUUUGCUCUGUUUCUGACUUUUGCUUUUUAGUGUGUCCAUGUGCUGUGGAAAUAAAGGCUUGUAUGGUUUGCA